CAGCUAUGUAAGGUAUCCAGGGCUUGGCCUGACAGCUUCUCCUGUCUGUCUCUUUGUUGUGAGCCCAGGCCAGCAAGGUUUGCUGCUCCCCACCAGCUUUGCAGUGUUUGGGCUGAUCACUAGGAAGGCAACAGAAGGAGAAACUCGGUUUGAACUUCACCUGGAACCUUUGGUCUACCCCUCUUUUCAAAUUAAGAAGGAGGGGGGCAUUUACCUGCCCUCUGCUGUACUCCAAGGGCUCCCCUAUGAAGGUGACUUGCUGGAUCCUGGCAGGUUUUUACCUGCUUUUCUGCUGCAAGGCAGAAGAGGGACUGAACUUCCCCACUUAUGAUGGGAAAGACCGAGUGAUCGACCUGAACGAGAAGAACUACAAGCAGGCCCUGAAGAAGUAUGACAUGCUCUGCCUGCUCUUCCAUGAGCCUGUGAGUUCUGACAAGGUCUCCCAGAAGCAGUUCCAGAUGACAGAGAUGGUCCUGGAGCUGGCAGCUCAGGUCCUGGAGCCCAGGAGCAUUGGUUUUGGGAUGGUGGACUCCAAGAAGGAUGCCAAACUUGCCAAAAAGCUAGGCUUGGUUGAAGAGGGAAGCCUCUACGUCUUUAAGGAGGAGCGGUUGAUUGAAUUUGAUGGGGAACUGUCGGCAGAUGUCUUGGUGGAAUUCCUCUUGGAUCUGCUAGAAGACCCUGUGGAGAUCUUAAACAACAAGCUGGAGCUUCAGGCCUUUGAUGAAAUUGAUGAUGAAAUCAAACUCAUUGGCUACUUCAAAGGAGAAGACUCUGAACAUUACAAGGCAUUUGAAGAAGCUGCUGAACACUUCCAGCCAUACAUCAAGUUCUUUGCCACCUUUGACAAAGGAGUUGCCAAGAAGCUAGGUUUGAAGAUGAACGAGGUGGACUUCUAUGAACCAUUUAUGGAUGAGCCUGUUCACAUCCCUGAUAAGCCUUACACAGAAGAGGAGCUGGUUGAAUUUGUGAAUGAGCACAAAAGGGCCACUUUGCGGAAGCUGCGCCCAGAGGACAUGUUUGAGACAUGGGAGGACGACAUGGACGGAAUUCACAUUGUGGCCUUUGCUGAAGAGGAUGACCCAGAUGGUUUUGAGUUCCUGGAAAUCCUGAAGCAGGUUGCCAGGGACAACACUGAUAAUCCUGACCUGAGCAUUGUGUGGAUUGACCCCGAUGACUUUCCUCUGCUGAUCACUUACUGGGAGAAGACUUUCAAGAUUGACCUGUUCAGACCACAGAUCGGGGUGGUGAACGUCACAGAUGCUGACAGCAUCUGGAUGGAGAUCAGAGAUGAUGAUGACCUGCCCACAGCUGAGGAGCUGGAGGACUGGAUAGAGGAUGUGCUUUCUGGGAAGAUAAAUACUGAAGACGAUGAUGAUGAUGACGAUGAUGAUGAUGAUGACGACGAUGAUGAUGACGACGAUGAUGAUGAUGAUGAUGACGAUGAUGACGACGAUGACGAUGACUAACUGUGAUUCUGUGCAGUUUGACUUGUGGGGGCCAAGAGGCCUCCCCCUGCGGCAGGUCCCUCCAUCGGAAGACCUGUGUUUGAGCGUCAGCAAGCACUGUUGCUCCUCUUUCCCCCUUGCCCCGCUCUCCCUGCCGCUGCCCUUGCCGGGACCCCCCAGCCUGAUUUUCAGCAGUGCUGAGCCACCGGGGGUGAACUGUGCCUACAGGCACACAGCACGGCUGUAAAUCAUGCCUCCUUAGUAAGGCCAAUAGGAAUCUGCAGAGAAUCUGCCCCAGGUGCUCCAAGGCAUGAAGAAAGUGCCUGCCUGCUCACUGCCAGAGGGACACAGGGAGCCAGUUUUUCUUUUCCAUGCUCAUCGGCCCACCACUUACAUCUAAAGACCAAACCUCACUCCAAGACAUAGGAAAGGCCACUAUAAAGUUUCGUCCUUUUAUUAAAGAAAAUGCCCUUUGUGGAUACUCUGCCAAGACCCCUCAAUCCUGCAGGUUCUGCUGCGGGAGUCUAUAGCUACUUAUUAAUAUGCUAGGAGCAGUGAAUUCCUUUGGGAGGGGAGAAAGGUUUUAGGGAUGCUGUUCAAAAUUUCAGUGAUUCCAUGUAACAACAGGAUAUUCUUGUCCAGCAGAGCAAUGCAAAACUAAACACUGUGGUCCCCGUCUGAACCUCUUUCUUCUUGAAAGCUCAGGCAAAAGACAGGGUAAGUCCAGGUGGCCCGAUAUGGGACAACCUGAACAGCUGGAAAGGCUGAUCCAAGUCUGAGCUUGAGGCUGAAGAUCGUGGCACUGAGCCAAAUCAUUGGUCUUAAUCUCAAAGAAACACCAGAGCAUCUGCAGGCCAGUUCCAAACACCUGCAGCCAGGUCUGGGCCAGGCCUCGUUUCACUUUCAGGUGAAUCUGAGCUGGAUUGAAGAUGGUGCACAUGAGAUAGCACACUCCUGCCAGUGGAAACUUUCUUAGGGGCCCACCCUGAAACCCUGCUAUUCCCCAUGAUUUUCCAGCUUUAGCUGACUUUUAACUCAAAGUCAACAUAGUACCUUUUCCCAUGACCAAGAUGAUGGGAGGGAACACAUCUGUCCAACCAUAUUAGAUGCUGGAUAACAUGUACUGGGCAAUGAGCAGUGAAAGGAGUCAAGCUGUUUUGAUUUAAGCAUUCAGUUGCACAGUCACUCCCUGCUUAGAGACUCAGAUGUCUUGUGGUAGCCUGUGAGAAGCCCCUUUUGACUGCAGACUGAGAAGGAGCUCAGGGCGCAAGUUCAUGGUCAAGGAGGUCACUCACAGAGCAAAGGGUCAGCAACUCAGUCCUGGCAAGUGCAGCACCAUCCAUGUGCAGGUCACUGUGACAGUGUUAGGUCUCCCUGCUUUCCCAUGCUGGCAGAUUUAAAUUGUCUUAGCUUAUUAGGUUUGACAAUAGUGCAAUGAAUGGAGAGUUUGGAGAUAGUUUUAUCUUCAUAAAUACAUUUAUAAAUAUGUUCUCCAGUCGUUCAGACUUGUUAGCAUAGGUAGGUACACAUGUUCUCUCUUGCUACAGAUGAAAAAUAUUAUUCUGACCUUUCUUACAGCUGUUUACGUCAGAGGUAAGUGAUGUUAGUGGAAAUAGCAGUGCAAGGGGCAGGAGAAUUGGAGCUUGUUACAUGAAUGCGAACCAGUCUGAUGAGAAACAAGGUUUAUACAUUACACAUUUCCUUUAUCAGAUGAACUGCAAAGCCAGACUUCAUAGGAUUUUUUUUCCUGCCUGUUGAUCGGUCUCUUUGACUCUCUCUACAUAAGCUGCAAUAGAAAUUUGAAAAUA